GAGCUCAGAGAGUGCCUGCGUGUGUUGUGUGUUUGUGUGUGUUUGCUUGUGUGUGUGUGGAUGCCUGAAUGUGGUGGGGGAGAUGUUCUGGAGCCAUAAGAUCGUCUGGUUCUGAGUGCUUUUAAUCUGCGAACCUUUAGGGGAUCAUGGAGAACUUUUUUUCGGGUAACAAGAGAACUAACUGAGGCCAAGACUUCCGCUCCUUAACUGAGUGACUUAAAGGAUGUUAUAAAAACAGGACAGUGCAGGAAGCAAAAGACUGGCACCCUACGGAGCUUAGAUUUAUUAGUUACGGCUAUUAGUAUUAGUCUGGGUUUUUAAACCCAGGUUGGAUGCAUGACUGUCAUUCAUGGAAGCAUUUUUGUCAGUUGUUCACUGACUUUGGGGGACCCCAUGGUUCUUUGGCGAGCUUCCUUGGAAAGUUCAAGAGAAGGCAUGGAGCAAACUUGACUUCGCUGUGGAAAAAAAAAAAAGAGGACACGUUUCUGACUUUUACACUGCCAACAACAACAACAACAAACAGCUGCUAUGUAUUUUCCAGCAAUGUGGACAGGGUCCAAGUGAAGGUGAACUGGUCAUGGUUUGUCGCCAGAUUUUCCUUUGUCGUCGGCGUUUCUGCCCCCGACCCUUCUUUUGGGGCUUAGUGGUAGCUAUCUGCCUCUUCUACCAGACUCUAACCUUCAUAGGGACAAGGAAACUUAUAUCAGCUGUUACUGGGGCUUCCCCAUACAAAGUGGCUGAAAGUUAUCAAAGCCAAUCCACAGAAACUGCCACAAGGGACACAUAUUGCUUCCUGUCAUCAGACGAUGCACAGGCAACCCAAAAGAUUAAAGAGUCUAUUUCGAAGCACUUUGGAAGCCAUGAAAGAAGAGCAGUGCUCUAUGUGCCUUCUUCCUACAGCCAAAUGGAACUUCAGCUUUAUCAGCACAUACUCACACAUCAUGGCUAUGCCAUUAUUACCUCAGAAGAAAGCCUCAGGGCUGACCUUGGGCUGGGGCAGCUGAACCAAGGUGAAUCAGGCUCUUGGGAUCUUCUCAUCUGCCUGCCUCCUAGGAAAGCUGAUGGAAAGCCCUGCAUCAUGAAAGAAGACUUGUUCCAGUUGAACUUGCAUCAAAGGGUAAAUAUACUCCCAGAAAUACAGCAUCAGCUUUGCAGCAAGGAAGGAUUAUGCCAAAUCAUUAGAAGAUUUCCAGAGUUGAAUCUUCCAGUUGUUCCUUCUGUAUGUCUGAAUGAGCACACACAGGUAAAAUUGAGCGCUUCAAACUAUCCUUCAAUGACAGAGAAGUAUCAUGGGAAACACCCUGCACCUCUAAGGCCCUUCUGGAACUGGCCUCAUCAUCUGAAUCAAACACCAGCCCCUGUGACACAUAAGCAGCUUUUUAAAGCCAAAGACCUGUCUGUGAUCAUUAAAGCGUAUGUGUUAGUGACAUCUUUAACACCUCUGCGGGCCUUCAUUCAUUCAACUGGUACCAUUUGGAAUCCACCCAAGAAAAAACGUUUCACUGUCAAGCUGCAAACAUUUUUUGAGACAUUCCUCCGGGUCAGUUCUCCUCUCCAGGCCUUUGAUAAUAUGAAGGAAGCUAUAAGUAAACUUCUGCUGGCAGCCGAAGCAUUCAGUGAAACAUCUACUUUGGGACCAAAGACCAUCAAAAGGUGUAGAUUAUGUUUUCAACUUUUAACAUUUGAUAUUGAUUAUAGCAGCUCUUUGAACCCAUUAGUUCUUCAGGUGCAUGAGCAUUUUGAUUUUCAAGUUAAUGACAGUCUUGACUUGGAGGACCAAAAUACAAAAGAAUUCCUUUUAAGAGACACUUUCAGUUUUCUUUUUGCCAAUGAGUCUUCACUUUCCAUUUUUUAUGAAGCACUUCAAAGAAUUUACAGAUCAGACAUAAUUAAGGGUGAAGGAUAUCAAAAUGAACCAAAUCCAUGCCUCUCUUUAGAGGAGAUGAAUUCAAUUAUGACAUUCAUAAAGGAACUCAAGAGUCUGGGACAAUUUCAACUGCUUUUCCCAUCAACUACUCCUGGAAUUCAAGCUUUUAUGCAUGAAUUUUAUUAUGUGGCAGAUCCUAUGGGAAAACAUGGUUCAGUUCUGACCCAGCACUGGUCCCUCUUAAAUUUAUUCAAAGAACUACAGCUCAUGAAUAAAAAGACUCAGCUCUAUUCUCUAGAAUGGAAACACAAGAACAGUUUGAGAGAUUCACCUGUGAAACAAGCAAAUCAUAGGAGUCUGUUUCCAGAUAACAUUAAGUCAAGAAUUCCCAUGGAUGCAGGUGAAAAUAUCAUAGUGCCACAUUUAAUGAAUGAGACCAAAGAGAUGCACUGCAGUAAUGAUAAAGACACAAUAUCUUAUAUCAAGCAGAUCUUUACAAAUCCACAUUUGGACCUGAAUCCAGAAUUUAACCCAAAGAUCAGAGACUACUACUCUGAAGUCCCAUUUGAUGUCAUAACAGUAACAAUUGGAGCAGAGACUUUUAAUUGCCAGUGCAAAGUACAUCUGGAUGAAAAGGCAGGGCCAAGUUUUGCAAAUUAUCCUCUGGGAUUAGGAAUGAACAAAAUCCUAAUUCUUGUGGUAGAUGAAUCUCAAGCAAAUGGUGAAGUCCUCAGCAAUUACAGACUCACGGUUUACCGAGAAGACCGCCCAAGUCUACCCUUGUUCAAUGACUACGUGGCAUGUGGCUUUGUGCAGGAUUGUGGUUUGAAGAUUCACCCAGAAGAAACUUGUGGAUUACAGCCUCUGUCAUCUGACUACAUUGCAACCAUUUCUCAGCCCGAACUAAAGAUUUGUAAGUCUGGGGAUGCCAAAGGACAGUGGAUUGUACCAUGCCUUAGCUGUUCAGACAAUAGAACCUGUGAUUGGAGAGAAAUAGCAUGGCAGCCUCAUAACUGCCAAUACAGUGUCCUGUCAAAGACUCAACUACAACACUGUCUGGGAGGAAGAAAGGUCCUUUUCAUUGGAGAUUCAACCAACAGAGGAAUAAUGUAUUAUCUGAUUGAAAGACUCAAUGAAACCCUGCAGGAAUGGCAGAAAGUGCACAGCAUUAAAUCAUACUACAAUGUCAACAACGGCAGAACAUUCAUCAGUUACUCCUACUAUCCCCAAUUCUGGAUCAGUGUCUCGCAAAGGCCAACAUUUGAAAAAGCUCUUGAACAACUUUUGCAAAGAUCACAUCCCCUUGAAAACACAGACCAGACUAUAUUAGUUGUUGGUGGUGUUCAGUGGCUUAAUUCCAAUCACCUACAAAUUAUUCACAAAGUUUUGAAGAGGGAAAACUUAUUACGUAUUCUGGUGGUUAUUAAAACACUGGGAAUGGGGUUUCAUCUGCCUGUGGAUGGAGUGCAUUCUUUAACCCAGAAUGAAGUACAGAAUUUGUGGAAAGAAAAUUGGAUUAUACUAGAUUCUGCAAAAAGAUAUGGCUUUGAAGUAGUUGAUACUUUCAGCAUAACCAUGGGGCGCUACAAGGAAUUUCUGCAAGGAAAGUGUGGAUGCCAUUUCCAUGAGGUAGUUAAAUCUAAGGCUUCUGGGGAAUAUCAUCUUAUUAAAAUGAAACCAUCAAGACAGCAUGUUGUGGGAAAAUAUUUUAGCAAUUUGAACAAACAGAAGAGACUGCAAAGCUAUGCAACUAAUGCACAAUCACCGUAUCAUGUCAGAGGCCCAGUCAAUCAAGUCUGUUCUGAAAUUCUUCUCAGCAGGAUAUGUGCACAUGAAAGGACUGUGUAGCCUUCCUUCUGGAGAAGCAACUUUGCAUUUGGAGACUUCCCACUUAUCUGGUCUGGGAACCAUGUCAAAUGCAUUACAUAUGUCUAUGGACCUUGAAUGCAUGCUUGUGCACACACACACACACACACACACACACGCACAAACACACACACACACACACACACAGAAUAAAAAGGACACUCUUCCUGAGGAUUUAUAAUGUCAAGAUGUGCCCUUGCACAUUGUGGUUUCUAAAUGACAGAUAAAGAUGCAACAAAAAUUUUUUAAUUUUUUUAAAAAAGGAAAAGAAAGGAAAAAUUUACUUGAAAUAUAGCCAAAUGCUUAAGUAAGCUAAGGGCAGGGUAUUAGGUUUUGUGAGAGUAAAGAUGAAUAAUAGGCACUUGAAAUAUGUGAAGAGACCCUAGAGCUCUUGAGCAUCAUUUUUUCUUACCUAUAGGUACAUUCAUAUUGAUGGGGGUGAGGGGGGAAGCAAUUACAUUCCACUUGCAAAUAGGUACAGUACUUGUGUUCUUCAGUAGAAGAAAAUCCAGUCUUUAGGAUGAUACUGGUUUUUAUAAAACUAAUGCUUCUGAAAAGCAUUUCCCUCCAUUUGCUUGAUUGUUUAUUUUACAAUUUAAGGGAAGGGGGUGGGACAAGGUAAGAAGGGGGUUUGGGAGGAGAACCAGUAUAGGAGACUCCAAAGGGUCUAGACGGGAGAAAUAUUGGAGUGAAUCUCUUUAAAGCUAACACUUCAAUUAUCCCAAGUUUUCUUUACAUAGUCUUUACCCCUAUAUUUUUAAAUAUAUUCCCCUUCUGUCUAGUAUUCUGAACUUAAAUAGGAUGCUUAUAGUAUGAUUUAAUAAUGAAUGUGUCAAGUUAAAGGGAGGAACCAAUUUUUUUCCACAUGCAUUAUUAGAUAAUAGUUGUAAAGUGCUUUUCAAACCUUAAAGAGCUGUAUAAAUGCUAGCCAUUAUACUAUUUUAUAUGAUCUCAUUUGCUUAUGGGAGGAAACAGUAGGACCUGUGAUUUCAUCUAUGCGGGGAAUCCCUGGUGUGGAAAAUCCCUUCACUGAUGCACAAAAGCAACUCAUCUGUAACAGAUAAGUUUUAGAUAGUUUUAAUUACUUGCCUGGGGCACCAAUUUGCUCAGGGUCACAUACUAGUGUAUGUCAAAAGUAGGUCUGGAACCUAGUCCAAACUCUAUGAAUAGCCUUUAAUCUACAAUCCGGCCUUUCUAGUUCCUAUUAUCUUACGUAAAUGUAAGAGGAUUAUGAAAAGAUUUGUUUUUCACUAAGUUUAAUAUAUAUAUAUAUAUUGUAUAUUUGUCAAAGAAUUGUGUUUCCUUAAAUUCCUAGAUACCUUUCCCAGAAUAAAAAAGCCAUCCAUGGACUUACUAGAUCACCACUAAUUUAAUUAUAACUUAUUCUGAUUUUCAAAAGUCAUUUGAGUUUUGGGGAAACACUUGAAUUGGAAGAGAAUUUUAGGUAGCAUUAAACAUUAGUUGGUUUAAUUUUCUUAAAAUAGUGGAAUAAGGAAAUGAUUAUUCUUGAAAAAAAUUCUUCUUAAGAUAGGAACUAUGUGCCAAUCUAACAUUCUUAUUUUCCUUUUCUGUAUUUUAAAGUCCAAAUGCUGAAAUUUUUUGCCUUACACAAGUACUGGUGUUGUGAACUAUUAUCUUAAAGUUAUAAAGUGUUUUAAAAGUAUUGUUUUUCUUUGAAAAAAAGCUAAAUUAAUUCAGUUCAUAACUGAAACUACCAAAAGUGCAAUACCUCAACUUCACCAUCAUAUAGAAAAUAGGACUACCUGACAUGAUUCACUAGUAUGAAUAGAGAUAGAUUCACCAGUAUGAAUUUCUGCAUCCUUCAAAACCUCUAUAUUUUUAUAUUAUAUAUAUUUUUAUACGAAGUUAUUCAAGAAAUGUACACAUCAAUCUAGUCAAUAAGCUGUUUUGAGUUAUAUUUCAACAUAAAAAUAGCAACAUAUACAAGCAGUGCAUGUCUGCAUAACAAAUGGAUUAUAGUUGCUUAUUUUUUAAAAUAUGGUACAGAAGUUAAUUUUGCAAAGAUCUGAUCUUUAUAGCACAUGCAAAUAUAUGAGACACCUAAAAUGGAACACCAUUUUUUUAGGCUUUCAGUUAUUUUAAAGCACAAAAUGCUUUGUAUUUGUGCCAAUGUAUUUCUCUUCUCUCUGCCUUAAAAAAGUAAAGAUUGAUAUUUCCCUCUU